AUGACGGAGCUGUGGAUGGAGGUGCUGCCGCCGCCCUACUUCGCGGGGCAGGCGGCGGGCGGCGGGCGGUUCCUGCCGCCGGACCGGCGGGCCGGGGCCGGGCCCCUGCCCGGGGCGUGGACGGUGGAGGAGAACAAGAUGUUCGAGCGCGCGCUGGCGCGGGUCGACUCGGACGCGCCGGACCGGUGGGAGCGGGUGGCCCAGAUGCUGCCCGGGAGGACCGUGGCCGACGUCGCCGCCCACUACGACGACCUGGAGAGCGAUGUCGGCUUCAUCGAGGCCGGCUUCGUGCCCUUCCCCCGCUACGGCGGCGGCGGCGGCGGCGCGUCGCAAUCCGCCGGGUUCACGUUCGACUGGGACGGCAGCGGCGGCGGCGACGCCGGCGCGCUGGGCUUUAAGCGCUCCUGCUACGUGGUUGGCGGCGGCAAGCGCGAGCGCGGGCCGGACCACGAGCGCAAGAAGGGCAUCCCCUGGACGGAGGAGGAGCACAAGCUGUUCUUGAUGGGUCUGAAGAAGUACGGGCGCGGGGACUGGAGGAACAUCUCGCGCAACUUCGUGACGAGCCGGACGCCGACGCAGGUGGCCAGCCACGCGCAGAAGUACUUUAUCCGCCUCAACUCCGGCGGCAAGGACAAGCGCCGCUCCAGCAUCCACGACAUCACCACCGUCAACCUCCCUGAAGACGACACCGGCGGCCGCGGCAACAACCCCUCUGCCUCGCCGCCCUCCGUGCUCACCUCCACCUUCACACCCUCGUCCACCGCCGCCGGCGGCGGCCCGGUCAUCUCCGAGCAGUUUGGCGUCCUCGUCGACAGCAAGCCGCCGCCGCACCACCACCACCACUUCAUGCCGCACUCCUACGGCAACGUGAAACUCGAGCCCGGCGUCAAUUCCCAUCACGGUGCAGGCUUCCUGGACGACUCUGUUCUGAUGCAGAUGCAGAUGCACUGCGGCCAGCUGCAGCCUCUUGGCUGA